CUGUUUACAAAAUAAACGUUUCCUAACGAAUUCUCCCCAAACAACAUGCGGCUAAAAUUUUGCAUCAAAAAUUUAAAGUGGAAAUGGAUUUGAUGUCAAUACAACCGAAUAUUGCUAAUGAACGAGAGGAAAGUGAAAUAAAACAAUUAAAAAGGAAAAUUGUAGAUGAAACUUGCAAUGAAACAAGCAAAAAGCUAAAACACAAUGAAGUUCCUAACAUUCGCAAUACAGAGGAAAUUGAAAAUGGUAAACAAAUAAAUAAAGAAGAAAACACUCAGAGACUGGAAGAUCUAAAUAAGAAUCUAUAUACAACACAAAACUCUUCAAUAGAUAAAGAAACUGUCACUAAAGUGCAGCUGCCUAAUAAAGUUCCCAUUAGUCCUAAAAAACGUUUAGAAGUUGCAAAGCCAUCAUCAUCAUCAACUAGUGCUGCGAAAGGGAAUAAAGAGAAAUUUAUAUAUGGCAACUAUAGUCAAUAUUAUGGUUAUCGUAACAAGGAUAAAGAUUAUCAUGAUAUACGUUUAGAUGUCUUUGCUGAACAAAAGGAAAUCUUUAGAAAUAAACAAAUAUUAGAUAUAGGCUGUAAUAGUGGUUUCAUUACCAUGGAGGUGGCAAAACAAUUUGAAGUUAAAUCUAUUGUGGGCUUAGAUAUAGAUAAAUCUCUAAUAAAUCAAGCGAUCAAAAAUCUAAUAAAAUGUAAAAAAUCUUUACCCAUGGAUAAUGAAUUGAAAAGAUUGCAAAAGUUUCCUUUCAACAUAACAUUUGUACACGGCAAUUAUGUAUUGAAAAAUGAAGUGCUAUUGGAAAUUGAAAGACCACAAUUUGAUGUGAUAUUAUGUUUAUCCAUAACGAAAUGGAUACAUUUGAAUUUUGGUGAUAAGGGUCUUAAGCAGGCAUUCAGGCGUAUGUAUUUACAAUUAAAUCCUCAGGGAAUGUUGAUACUAGAAGCUCAACCGUUUGACAAUUAUGGCCGAAGAAAGAAAAUGACGGAAACAAUAUUUAAGAAUUUUAACGAAAUGAAAUUCUUGCCCAAAGACUUUAGCGAGUAUUUGCUUUCAACGGAAGUGGGCUUUUCUAGCGUAGAAUUAAUGGGUGUACCUGAUCAUUGUAAAAAGGGUUUUAAAAGACCCAUACAGAUUUUCUUUAAAAAAUAACACAUAAAAUACAUGAAUUAAAUAAAAUUAUUUUUGUUACAUUACUUACACCACAUCACGAA